CUUCUCAGCGGUCCCCCGCCCCUUCCCCCAGCCUCCUCCUCCCUCGCCCGCAGCCCAGCGUCCCCUCCCCCCACCCGUCGGGCUCCUCGGCGGCUACUGCAGAGGAUUCAGAGCCGAGUCGCUGAGGAGGAGGAGGCUCCCAGUCCCUGCGCGCCAUCCGCCACCUUACUGGACACGGGUGAGGGAGCGAGAGCGUCGCCUCUGUAGCCUUCAGAGAAGACAAGGGCAUCGCCGCUUCAGCUGCCGCCGCCGCCGUUUUCGCCUGCAGCGGCUCGCCGGAUUCUCAGUUGUCCACAAUGAACCCUGUUUAUAGCCCCGUGCAGCCUGGGGCUCCUUAUGGCAACCCUAAGAACAUGGCCUACACAGGUUACCCUACAGCCUAUCCAGCUGCAGCCCCUGCCUACAAUCCCAGCCUGUACCCCACCAAUAGCCCCAGUUAUGCUCCAGAGUUUCAGUUCCUGCAUUCAGCUUAUGCAACUCUGCUGAUGAAACAGGCCUGGCCACAGAACUCGUCUUCCUGUGGCACUGAAGGCACCUUCCACCUCCCAGUGGACACCGGGACCGAGAACCGAACUUACCAAGCAUCCUCUGCGGCUUUCAGAUAUACUGCGGGGACACCAUACAAGGUCCCACCGACCCAGAGUAAUACUGCUCCGCCCCCCUACUCCCCAUCACCCAACCCCUAUCAGACGGCCAUGUAUCCCAUCAGAAGUGCCUACCCCCAGCAGAAUCUGUAUGCCCAGGGAGCCUACUACACACAGCCGGUGUAUGCUGCCCAGCCCCAUGUCAUCCACCACACCACGGUCGUCCAGCCCAACAGCAUUCCCUCUGCCAUCUACCCGGCGCCUGUCGCUGCUCCCAGGACCAAUGGCGUGGCCAUGGGCAUGGUGGCCGGCACCACCAUGGCGAUGUCAGCAGGUACCCUGCUGACUGCACCCCAGCACACCGCGAUCGGGGCACACCCUGUCUCCAUGCCAGCAUACAGGGCCCAAGGGACCCCUACGUACAGCUAUGUGCCCCCGCACUGGUAAAGCCUGCAGCCCAUCCAAAUCUGGAGUCACACAUUGUAUGCAACUACUCAAGUCUUACACAGGUGCUGGAGCAGCUCCCUAGCAGCACCACCUCUAUUUGCAAGAAGAGACAACGGAAGUGCAAGGGUCACUUUAUGCAUCUUUAACGGUUUUGGUUUUUAUUUUCGGUUUUUGUAAAAGCUGCUUUUUCUAAUCUCCUGCCUCUCCCCACUGUCCCCCUUUUAGCCACUGCCCUUCCAGCUCUAGCCCUCCUCCUACCUGACCAGGCACAUCCUCUCUGCUCUUCUUUUCUUCCCCAAGAAUCCAGUCCCGGGAGCCUAGUCUAGCAGCAGGCAGAGAGUGGGGUCUGUUGCAGUGGUUCAGCUGAAGGCGCAAUUUCCUUUGAAGAGCAUGAGAGAUGUGAUCCUCAGGUCCAGGGUAGGAACUCAGAGCUGUUGAGCAGGCCACAUCUCUGGGGGAUUGUUUCUUUUUUGAUUUUCCUCAAGCAGGAUUAGUUUAAGACAUUACCAUGUCCUGACACAAAUGAAAUCUCUUCUGAGAACCAUCGCAACAGACCAAGAACAAAACCACCUGAUUAGGUAGGAGUGUUCAUAGCAGCUUAAUAAUACCCCAGAUCAGAACCUGGGAAAACCAGAUUCUUUCUUUGGGAGAACU